GCUGUCAAAGAUUAUUUUUAUUUGCCUAACGAUUAUUUUGGUUUUUUUUCUUGAUGUGUAAUACAAUUUUUCGAUAGGACGCGAACAUAUCUGGCUAAAGUGGUGAAACAGAUAAUCCGUCGAUUGAUCUGGUACAGCAAGAACGUUCAGCUUCGUAAACUCCCGUAGUCGAUUGCACGGUGGAAUGCUUCCGUUCCGUGCGCCGUAUUUUGCGUAGAAAGAGCAGAACAGAGACAGGAAGGAAAAUCAGUAGCAACAGAUACACAACGAUAGUGAAAGUACGCAGCGCAACUUCCUCAAGCGUGUGUGAAAAGCUUUGGCGGGGGCGUAAUAACGGUCUGAGACGAUAGCCAUGGCAGAAACAAUUGACGAUGUACCGAUGGCCGACAGCAGCGAGGGCCUGAUGGAGCACGAUCGCGUCCGCGAAAGUAUGCAAUCCAAUAGCUCAUUUAGUUCGUCAAACAGCGAGCAGGGUGCGGACGACGGAACAUACAUCGAUAACAGUCCGUGGGUGUUCUUGCCCGAACCGCUGUUCAUCAAAAUAUUCCUGCAGCUUGAGGCUCGUGAUGUCCUGAACGCUGGGCAAUGCUGCAAGCGGUGGCACAAACUGUCCAAGGAUGAUUACAUAUGGCGGAAGUACUUCCGCAAGGAGUUCAAUGUGGAUGCCUCAAUUCCGCUGAAAAGGGGUGCGGAAUCCUGGCGCGCUGAGUACCGACGUUUGACUAAUAAUGUACCAAUGGUCAUGACGGAUGUAUUGACCUUCCAUUCACAUCAAGUACUACACGUCAGCUUCUCACACAAUGGGAAAAUGUUUGCCACAUGCUCGAAGGAUGGGUUCGUCAUCGUAUGGAAUUCGGCCUACCCGUCGACGAUACGCGAUUCUUAUGACAUGCGUAAACUUAGCUGGAAAUAUACUCAAUUUUCUCAGUUCAAUCAAAGCGACACACUCCUGCUCGUGUCCGGAGUUCAUUUUGGUUCGCCACACAGCACUUCCGGUGAGAUUGCGGUGUUCACUGUACAACAAACAGACAACUUUAAGCUAAAGUGUCGGGUAACGAAUCGGCCCUACGACAUAUUCGGUACAUGGUUCAGUGAUCAACAUUUGCUGUCCGGGGAUCUAAGCUGGUUGGCACACUUGGUCAGCUCGUCGAUACUUUGGCUCAAUAAAGCGAACCAGGAGGUCGAUUCCGAGCAUACGCCAGUGAGAAAUCAGAUGUACAAAUUUUACAACCGCAAUGCCAGCUCCAUACGUGCGAUCAUGGUUGCCAACUGUCCUUGGUUGAGUGAUGAAACUGAGGGUAAAAGAGAAAAUGGGAAGGACGCCAAUACCGGUGGCAGCGAGCUGAAAUCAUCCGAUGAAGAACCUGGCCCCAGUAGUGGUGAUCGUCGUGCGGGAAAUCCACUUUCUCAUUACCAGAUGAAUCAGGACGUAGAUUCUGACGAUGAGCAGGAUGAAGGACUGGAUGAUGGUCAAGAACAUAAGGCUACAGAGGAUGUGCCGUACCAGUUGCUCCUUGGUGAUCAGGCAGACUAUGCCAGUCCGAUACAGUAUCUAGAGGAAUUUCGGCAGGAGUAUGAGGAAUCCUACUACGAAUCGUCGGACGACUGUCUGGAAGAUGACGAGGACGAUGCCGAUGAGGAAGAGCUGUCCGAGGGAGAGGACGAUUUGGAAAACCUUUGUCCCAAGUAUCUGAUAUUUUCCACCGGAUCAAAAACGUACACUCCGCAUCAGAUAGGAUUCAAGCGCAUCACGAGCGUAAACUUUCCGCGCCGUCUCGAUCCGGGACCAUCGCUGCGUGAGCGCAUAGCGUUGCGCGACCGGCAGCGCGAACUACAGGUAAUUAUGGCCGAGAUGUCACCGGAAGAAAUCCGCCUGCAGUAUAUCUUACAGAAUGAGGAUCCUCCGAAUGAGCCAAACUGGGCGAACUAUGAAGCAGUUGCCGGCCGCUUCGACAAGGUGGACAAGCUGAUUGAUCUCCACGGCCACAUCAUCGGGAUGGGGUUGAGCCCGGACCAUCGCUACCUGUACGUGAAUAGUCGACCGUGGCCGAAAAAUUGUGUCAUUCGGAACCCGCUCGAUCCGCCGGCGAUCGCACAGGAGAUCGACAUACACGUAAUAGAUUUGAUGACACUGAAGAAGGUGGGCAAAAUGCUGCGCGCUCACAAAGCGUAUACACCGAAUACGGAGUGUUUCUUCAUUUUUCUGGACGUCUGUGAUAAUUAUGUGGCCAGCGGUGCGGAAGACAUGCAUGCCUACCUGUGGGAUCGUUAUUAUGGUGUGUGUUUGGCAAAAUACCAGCACUCGGAUGUAGUGAAUAGUGUGGCCUUUAACCCACGUGACAAUGAGAUGCUUGUGACGACCAGUGAUGAUUACGAGAUUAAGAUAUGGCGAUCACUUUCGAAAGCGCAAAAACUGGGCAUACCAACGGUUAAUCGAGCGUCGGAAUUUCGCAAACAGAAAAACAAUCGUCCUUCAUCACAACCGCAGCAACAUCAGCAUGGUAUGCGAUCAUUCGUGUAGAACUGUACUGGGCAAUUCAGCAAAAUUGCGUGUUUUGUGCGAUAUUGUAGAGAAAAAAAAUCCAUAGAAAUUUGCUUACGGUAGCUUUAAACCUAUGUGGAUUAACUGCCGUGUAAUGUUUCGAUUCAGUUUUAUAUUGUUCCGUGCCUUAAUUAAUUUUACUACGCACGGAAGCUGCAAACAAACUAUGUAAAUCGUUAUUUCUUUUGUUGGGCCUACAAGAUAAUACAAGAGGAUGAGAUGAUCCUCUGCGUACUGCGUAUGUUGGUGAAUUGUACCACAUCACACCUGGUGAGAUAGAGAAGACUUAACCAUUAAUAUUAUGUAGUCUCGAAACCAAGCCAAUGCCGAAAGUAAAUUUCUCAUUCCGUUUGGUGGAAUGCAGCUGGAACGUUGCUGCAGCAAAAAAAACUGAUGCAAAAAAUUUAUAAAAUAGUUUGUUUUGUAGUGAAGCUAGAAAGGCAUACGCUGCCACACCAUAUGGUUAAAUGUUGCAUGUGUUAAACACUUUUAUCUCUAAUGUUUGGAUACCCAUGGGUCAUUUUGAAUGACGACAGAUUAAAAACCUUUUUAUAUACCCCGUACGGUAGAAAUAUAUUAAAAAUGCUUUUAAAACCAUCUGGAAGAUUGUUGCGUUUCUUCUAGCCGAAUUGGUUAAAGCAAGGUUUUUGAAUCCAAAUUUUAAGUCGCGAUUCUGUUGGGAUGAAAAAUUAAAAAAGAAAAGAGGUAUGGAAUAGCUGUGAACAAGUAGGUAAAGCAGACAUUUUAGCAAACCAACAAUCAGUCGUAAAAGUGAACAAAACAAAAAAAAACGAAAUAAAAAACCGGUUCGUUAAACGUUA